UUUCAGUUCCCGGCGGCCCUCGCGGCAGGUUCCGGCCGUAAGGGCAGUUCGUGAUGUCGGGGGCUGGUUCCGCCGCUGUGUCCGGGGCAGGAACCCCCGUGGCGGGGCCCGCAGGCCGCGACCUCUUCGCCGAGGGGCUCCUCGAGUUCCUGCGACCGGCUGUGCAGCAGCUUGACUCUCACGUCCACGCCGUCAGAGAGAGCCAAGUAGAGCUCCGGGAACAAAUUGACAACCUAGCUACCGAACUGUGCCGUAUCAAUGAGGAUCAGAAAGUGGCCCUGGAUCUCGACCCCUAUGUGAAGAAGCUCCUUAAUGCCCGGCGACGAGUCGUCUUGGUUAAUAACAUCCUACAGAAUGCCCAGGAACGGCUGAGGCGGCUAAACCACAGUGUUGCCAAGGAAACAGCCCGAAGGAGGGCAAUGCUGGAUUCAGGAGUUUACCCCCCUGGUUCCCCAAGCAAGUAACAGGCCAGAAGAUGGGCCCAUGGUCACAGAAUAGCACAAAUACCAUUCCCCGGCUGCCUGUUUCCUCCAGGACUCCCUGUAGGUAUUGGGACAUCAAAAGGGCAGCCCUGUGGUUUGUUUGAAGCACUUCAGUCUUACCCAUUUAUGUGGGGCCCAAAGAAACCUGUGUAGAGCAGGACUCAGGAUCCCAAAGGAUUUAUUAUGGUUCUUGCUUCCAAGAAUGAGCUGAGGCCUCUACAUUUUUUUUUUUUUAA